AGUACAUCAGAUCCACCAGGUGCAAGCUGUGUUGACCACCAUUACAUCUUCCUCUAUUCUCCAUUACGUCUGGGAAGAUGGCUCUGCAGAUCCCCAGAGGCCUUUGGACAGCAGCUGCGAUGGUGAUGCUGGUGGUGCUGAGCACCCCAGUGGCUGAGGGCAGAGACUCUCCAUAGGAUUUCGUGAUCCAGUUUAAGUUUCAGUGCUACUUCAUCAACGGGACGGAGCGGGUGCACAGUAUGGAGAGAUUCAUCUACAACCAGGAGGAGUUCGUGCGCUUCGACAGCGACGUGGGGGAGUACCGGGCGGUGACCGAGCUGGGUCGGCCGCACGCCGAGUACUGGAACGGGCAGAAGGACGUCCUGGAUGACGCGCGGACUGCGGUGGACACCGUAUGCAGACACAACUACCAGUUGGAGGUCCGCACAACCUUGCAGCGCCGAGUGGAACCUACAGUGACCAUCUCCCCAUCCAGGACAGAGGCUCUAAACCACCACAACCUGCUGGUCUGCUCGGUGACAGAUUUCUAUCCAGGACAGGUCAAAGUUCGGUGGUUCCGGAAUGACCAGGAGGAGACAGCCGGUGUUGUGUCCACCCCCCUUAUUAGGAACGGGGAUUGGACCUUCCAGAUCCUCGUGAUGCUGGAAAUGACUCCACAGCGUGGAGAUGUCUACACCUGCCACGUGGAGCACCCCAGCCUCCAGAGCCCCAUCACAGUGGAGUGGCGGGCGCAGUCUGAAUCUGCCCAGAGCAAGAUGCUGAGUGGCGUCGGGGGCUUCGUGCUGGGGCUGAUCUUCCUCGGGCUGGGCCUUAUCAUCCGUCACAGGAGCCAGAAGGGACCUCGUGAGCCUCCACCAGCAGGUACUAUUUCUACUUGGAUUCAGUGGGGGCGUAGGGACAGGUGAAAGAGGGAAGGGCUGAGGGCUCCUGCGCUGACUCCUGAGGAUACUUUGGAACUGGUCUUCAUUCUUCUGUAAUGCCUGCUUUUCCUUGCUCAGAAUCCCUGGCUGCCUGUCAGCCUGUCUCCCUCUGAGAUCAGAGUCCAAAUGUCACUCUGACAAAGUCACCUGGUCACCUCAUAUUCCCACCCUGAGGGUCUGACUGCGAUGCUGCUCCCUGCGCUGAUCCCAGAGCCUCUGCCUGUGUGCUGCCGGCCGCCUCUACUCAGAUCCGAAGGGAUUCUUCUGUUUCCAUUCUCGCUCCACAGACUGUUCAAGAGAAGCACAUUGAAACCACUUACCUGACUAUAGAGCUUUUAUCAUUAUUAAACAUGAUUAUGAGUUA